AAGUAAAGAUUUAUUCGCGUUUCAGUUCCCAAUUGUUAUCUAAUUAUUGUAUUGGAACGGCAGGAUUAUUAAGUGCUGGAUACUCAGAGUUUUGUUAUUGAAUGAGUUUGCUUCAAAUGAAGCUUGCUGGGUAGAUAGACUGCUAUUAACACAGCUAGUGACUAACUUAGCUGUGUUAUUAGUGAAUAGCCAGGUAGUUAAUGUCAUCCCUUUAAACAACGUCUAUUUUUUAAACUUAUCUAUAGAAGGUGUCGGUUACGUACGCGCUUUGUAGAACACAAAGCGCAUAACGUAGUAAGGCUUCUGUUGUGGCUAGUUAAUUACAUUAAGACAUGUCAUUGAUGUAUUAGUUACUGUGGGGACCCUGCAAAAUGUUUAUCGUCUGCAUUAAGCCACAUAACUUUUAAAUUAGACUCAGUUAUCUGAUUUCUUUCGUCCCAUGUCAGUCAAUCAUUAGAGCGGAGCUAGCUAGCUAUUGCAUUAUUCUUCUUUAGAACAAGGUUUGGACUCAUUUAACACGCUACCAGGCGUCAAAAAUAGAGUAGAUGUUCUAAACUAAAAUCCACGCCUUGACCAAAACAGAAUCCUGGCACCCGUUCGACACUAUCCAAUAUGGAACCAAAUAAGGAAUUGAGUGGAAAGCACCAUUCUUCGCAGGGCUGUUGCGUCUGACCAUCCUAUGCCCGGUUUACUGCCUCCCCUCCCUGCAUCAGUCCACACCGCUGUCAGGAUGAUCCCUACCCCUCUGUACUCACAUGCUGGGCGUGGCCCCUUUUCUGAAGUCUACGAGCCCAGCGAGGAUUCCUUCCUGUUGAUGGACGCUCUGGAGCAGGAUGCCGAUAGGCUGAAGCAAAUUAAACCGUCCAUUUGUCUGGAGGUGGGCAGCGGUUCUGGUGUGGCGUCUGCCUUCCUGGCUUCCAUAGUUGGACCUGAAGCUGUGUGUCUCUGUACGGACGUGAACCCCGCAGCAGCCCAGUGCACUCUGGAGACUGCGCGCUGUAACGGCAUCAGCCUGCAGCCUGUCGUCACGGACCUGGUGCACAGUCUCCUGCCAAGGCUGUGUGGAAAGGUGGAAGUAAUGCUCUUCAACCCCCCAUACGUAGUUACCCCUUCAGAAGAGAUUGGCAGCUGUGGCAUUGAGGCUGCUUGGGCUGGAGGGAGGCGGGGCCGAGAAGUGAUGGACAGGUUUUUCCCAUUGGUCCCACAACUGCUGUCCAGUCAGGGGCUGUUUUAUUUGGUGACCAUUGCAGAAAAUGACCCAGAGGAGAUCAUUCAGCUGCUGGGCCAGUCUGGCCUGCAGGGGGCAGUAUGUCUGUCCAGACGUGCUGGAAGGGAGAGCCUGUCCAUACUACGCUUCAGCAGAACCUGAACCAAAACCGCCACAUCGUCCUCGCUCCAGGGCCAUACGAAUCGCCAGGCAACCACAUCUGUCCGGCGACACAUCACUGACCUAUCCUGAGAGCCAGUGGUAGAGUGCACCGUCUGACCUGUAGAGGGAGAUGCGGAGCAUCUUGGAAGACUCUGCAACUGGGCGCAUUACACAACACCAAUCUCUAAAGAUGGUGGAACAGGGCUGCCCAACCCUGCUCCUGGAGAUCUACUGUUCUAUAGGUUGUCAUUUCAACUCUAACUUGGCCACCUGAUUCUACUAAUUAGCAGCUCAACAAGAUCUCUAGCUGCUGAAUGAGGUGUGCUUUAUUAAGGCUGAAAUGGAAAAACUACUGGACAGUAGAUCUCCAGAAACAGGGUUGGGCAGCUCUGGUGUAGAAUAAUGGUCAAUAUGACUGAUUACUGUACCUAACUGCUGUGGAUCAGCGAGAACGCACACAGUCCAGCUAAAAGCACUUCUCCGUACUGGACUAUGCAGUGACUGGACUCAGCUGUAGCCUUUUCAGAGCUGUGACCUUGCAUGAGAAGGAACUGAGCAACAAUUUCAAUGUUCUGUUGGGUUUUGCAUCAGCUGAAAUCCUGGGCUUUGUUCUUUUUGUACUGAAUAAAGUGAAAUGAAUCCUUAAA